ACUUUUUAUUCUUUAAAUGUAAACUCAAGUUUGUAAGUUUGACAUAUUAACAAAAAUAACAACAGGCUUUACCAAACUGUGUAUUGAAACAAUGUGUCUCUUUCAGUCAGGUGAUGGAAAUAAUAGACUCCAUCCUGAGAACAGAUGGUGAACUACCAGCAAGAAAAGUAAAAGCGCUUCUCCAAAGAAGGCACAAUAUAAGAAUCUGUUUAAACUCCGUGAGAAAGGCAGUCCGGAAUCUUGGCUGGAACUUUGGGAAGCCCAGAUUUGUUCCAAUUACCCGGGGAAAAAACAAAGACUUGCUGUGUGACGAUAAGGGCUGGAUGGCUAAUGUGGAAAGCCGUCUAGCCGCAAGGACAGCGGAACUUACAUCGGAACAAGCUCAAGUAGCUCAACUGCUUGCUGAGAAUGCAAGUUUGAAAGCUGACCUGUCAGCCAGCAGAGCGGAGACAGACAACCUCCGACAAGAGAUGCAGGGGCUGAGAGAGGCCAGUCAGACGGGACUGCUCAUGCAAGAGAUGAGAGCUGGGAUAAGAGAACUGCAUUCGGCUCUACGUAUGGUUCACUCUACGCCUGUGAGACCAGUCCCCAGACGCGCCUCAACACCUUCACCACAAUUAGAUUCUUCAGUGUUGUCAGAUUGUCAGAUGUCCCCAUUGGCCCUUUCCUCUUCCUUAAACGACAGCAUCCAAAUUCCCUGUCAAUGGGCAGACGUGAGCUUGCGUGAUUUUGGACCAGAAGACCAUGCUAGACUCCACCAACAGAGCUACGGCCAAGUGGGCAGAUAUGGAUGCCUGCUCUUCAGACACAUUAUCUCGGAGGAGAACUACCAGGCAUGGAGCAAAACCACAAACUGGGAUGGUUCCAAAGGUAAACGAGCACUGCCUCAAAAUGUGAAGACCUUUGUGGUUGCUACACUGAAGCGACACUUUCCUGGCAUGGACAGGGGGAAACUGAAAGAGUGUGUAGAUAAGAUCAACGAAUUCCUGCGUACAACACGCAAGAAUCCCCAAGCACUCUGUCUGCUCUAAAGACUGCAGAACACUGUACUGUAGCUUACUGCACUGUAUACAUUUGUAUUACUGUAACAAUACAGUUCAUUAUUUUAAUUAAUAAAAACUUUU